UGUAAACAGAACAACGUGACUCGAUCGUGGUUGAUGCUCCCCUGUGGUUAAAGAUUCAGUUUUUUUGUUAUCUUUACCUCUUACCUGGUUGACAGUUUCGUGAUGGAGUUGGAUCGGUAUCUCAUGUGGUUGGUGGAUUGUCUGAAGGCGUCUCUUGGUGGCAGCACUGUGAAUGAGACAAGAUUAAACAAAAAUAUUGAGAGCUGUUUCCUGCGGGUGAAAAAGGCCUGUGCAGCUGCCAACAAGGAUGAAGACUUUGAAGACUUCCGUUGUAGAUCCACACUUUUACUGUUUUUGUGCUGCCCUAGUGUGAAGAACCAGUCAGUAGUUAGAUCUUCUAAAGAUUUUCAGCUUGUGAUCUCUGCCGUCCCAACCUUAAAAGAAUCGCAUUUUCUCUCUGUUGUAAAGAAUCAGAGGUGUUACAGAUCUCUCACAUAUAUUCUCAGCUUCCUACCAACUUCGUAUCUACCAACGUUCAUUGAGGAAUAUUUUACAUUUACGGAUGUAGUAAAACCAGUUACUCUUGCAAUGUCACUAGAGCUUUUCACAUCUUACAUACUCAGUUGGCAAUCAGAUUCACAAUGUGAAAAUUGUGAAAGUGAUAUUCUAAAAUGUUUGAAUCUGUUUGCAAAGUUUAUGUCUACCAAACGUGUAUCGAGUGACUUUAAAGCGCAGAUAAAAUCAAGUGCAUAUUUCUUCAUGUAUCUCACAAAAUACCUCUUGUUGGCACUUAAUUUGUACAUAGGCAAAGGAAUGGAAUAUCCAGAAAUCCCAGAAUCAUUAAUCUGCUGGAGAGAUCUAUGGAAAACAGAGGAGAAGGAGACUGAAUCACUAUUGAGAAAUCGUCUCUUUACAAAAGAUCUUGUGAUUACAUUUUUCAAGCUUUGUACACAGAACAAUGAAGCAAUUAACAUCGAGAUGUGGAUGGAGUGGAGUGAAAUGAACUUACCAGCAAGCGUCAUUCCUCACAAGGCUUCUGUUGUCAAUUGUAACAACAAGAGUAUUCAGCUAGUUAUUUGUAACAUAGCCUUCGAUAUCAUGAAGAUCUUUGAAUUGAACCCAAAUCUGCAUGAAUCCUUCCAGACCAGUCAGUAUCGAAACUUCCUUCAGUUCAUGAAACAAGUAGCUUGCGACCCUGACUACGACCCAGAUUAUGACUUGAGUAUAGAACAGCUCUUACAGGAGAUUGAGCUUAGAGAUGAAAGGGAGCAAAAAUUACUUGAGAUCCUCCUGGACAAAGAGGAAAUCUAUUCCUCCCUAGAAUGCAUCGACUCAUUGAAAGAUCACCAUGCAAAAGUAUCCUCAAAGACCAGAAGAGAUGUAUUGGAGAGAUACAUCGAUUACAUAAUGGAUGGAAACUCCGGUAUUGAAGAAUGGGAAGAGUUCAUCAUAGAGUUGGCUGAAGAUAUUCCAUCAGUGGAUUUAUUGCCAGUUAUAGUGGAAAAAUUAGAUUCUGGUCUAAAUGAAAUCCUUAAGACCUCAAAAUUUGGCCUUCAAUCAACAGCUGUUUUUAACCAGCUUGUGGGAGAGAAUGCACCAGAGGCACAGGAGAAACAUGUAUGGUUGUGCCUCCAGUCUGGUAAGGAAGUGGUUCGACAAGCUGUCGCUUUGCCCAUUAGGUUGCCUGGACUAGUCCCCGUUAUGGUACGAGCCUUGUCAGCCAUCCCUCAAGUUUGCCAGGCAACAUCAGAAUCAGGCAUAUCUGUACUUGCAAGUGCUCUUCAUCAAAUAAAGAGUGCAGGACUUUCGGGAAGGGAGAAGCAAGAUUUUGCUGAUCUUGUGAAAGGCUUGAUGAACACGGCAACUUUGCCUGUGAAGGAAUCUCUGCAUAUUCUUAUUGAACCAUACUUAGGGGUGCAAGGUGAAGAAACUCUGGAAAGUGUUGCUCUACCAUUAGAAUUACUCAAGAACACCAUUGAUAAUCAUCCAUCAACCAUAAUUAAGCCUGGGAUGGAGUUGGAUUGUUUGAUAAUAAGUCUAAUGUGUGUAUUGAGCAACACAGCCCAACUUUUGGGUCCACAGGCCAGCACUACCCUUGCAUUACGGCUAGAUGCAGAAUAUAUUAUUAGCACCAUAGCCAAAGCUUUGAUAAAAGAUAUGCCUCUUUAUGAGAAAGAUAUUUCAAUCAUCAAACAAGUUACAGGAAAUAUGCAGCUCCACCCUCGCAGUUUCCUACCCUUAUCAAAUCUGCUAGAGUGUGAAAAGUGCCAAGAAACUACUGUCGACAGAGUUCUUUAUAAGCUGUACCACAUGGAGCUGAACACCCUAAAGGAAAACCUACAUGAUGUUGACAGCAGCGAUUUUGAUUUGGAUGUCUCACGGCCACAGUGGAUGUUGGUGUUACUCCAGAUUUUGCCUCACAGUGCUGAAAAUGAGUGGAUUUCUGGAAUGCUCUUAACUCACCAAUAUCUGCAGUCAGAACAGACACCCCAUCCAACUCUUCGUUUAAUGCAGCAGUUGUUACACCUAAUGUGUGUCCAGUGUGUUGGGAAGAGGUUGAACCAAGAAAAGGAGGAAGGCUGUGAUGUAUCUUGCCUGCCUCCAUUAUCCAUCCAACAUUGUUUCAAAUGCUUUUCAGUAUCUGCCAUGGUAUACAUACAAGAGAUCCUGAGGAUCCAACCUUACAACAAGAGAUUCCAGCAACUAUGUAAUAUCUUCAAAUGGUGGUGCCAAGGCAUUCCUUCUUUCCAGUGCCACCCAGAGCUUCCUGCUCUCUUCCUUGUUAAACUCUGCACGACCAUAGAGGAAAUGGUCAACUCAGGGAAACUUACGAUUGAAGCAGACGAGGUCAGAAAGGAGGGUUCACAAAAUAAGGGCAUGUCUAAGAGCUUUUAUGUCAGGAAAGAAAAAUAUGAUCCAUUUAAAAUAGACUAUUUUUGUUCACAACCUUCUCGUGCUAAUGUUAUGAAAAGUGACACAAACAGCUCCUCUGAAGAGAAGGGAAUGAUAAAAAAAGAUAAUAUACAAAAAGAGGAGAUAGGCAGCAAUACAGUUAGCAAAAAUGGAAAUAGUAUAGGUAGGGCAAGUUUUCAUGUUGAAAUUGAUCAGCUGAUAUUUUCCUUAGUAGCAUAUGUUCCAACCAGUAAUGUAGCAAAAAGAAUUGGAAACAAACUGAAGAAAUUGGAUGAACUUUAAUUGUACAAAUGCAUAGCACAUAAGGAUUUUUGUUGUUACCUGUCUGUGGCUCAAGAAAUUAGAAACUUUUUUUGUCUGAAAGAGUAAAGUUUCUUCCUUUCCUUUUUCUUUUCUUUCUUUUUUUCUUUUUUCCUCUUUUCUUUUUUUCUUUAUAGCUCCUUCCUAGUAAUAAAUAUCUUGUCUGAUUUUGCUGUUCCAAGUGCAUUUGUGAUACAGUAAUACACAACACACAUGCCACACUUCACACGCAUGCACGCACUCAUGCACGCGCGCACUCACACACACACACACACACACACACACACACACACACACACACACACACACACACACACACACACACACACCACACACACACACACACACACACACACACAAAAAGUAGCACUAAUACCAAACUAUUUUUUAUACCUUAAUUUCAAAUACAUACUUUCUUGUUAUUCAUUCUGUCUUUUAAUUGAAUCUAGCAGAUAUUUUUCUUAGCUCGUGAUAUAUUCAAAGCAAAGGAGUUUUGGCACAUAUAAAUGGACAAUGAUUAAUUGAAUAUAUAAUGUGAGUAGGAAAAUGUGUUAAUGGUUACGUAUCUCAAAUCUUUAUUCUUUCAACACCUAAUGCAUAUGUUUCUUUAACUUAGGUAAUUUUAUAAACAUUAGCACAUAAGGAAUACUGUAUUGUAAUGACCGUGAGUUCCAGCAUCAUUGUAACUCAAAUAUAAAAAGGCUUUGUAAAGAAAUUGCAAAAUUAGUUGAAAAUAAGGCUGACCCCAUUCCCUCCCUUUCAGUUUUUCAGUAUCUCUGUUUAUUUUUCCCAUACCUUUUCUUCAUUUUUUUCCUUACUUUUCUUCUUGUUCUUGCAUUUUUUUUUCCACAUUUUUCUAUAAUUUAUUGUUAAUCUUCAUUCUUACGUCUAUGCUGUUUAGUGCAGUUGUAAUGUGCUCGGCUGCCAAUCAGCUUCCAAUUUCAUCCCCAGCCAUUCCAUGCAUACAGGGUAAUUAUAGUGUUAAAAGUAUUAUAGAAGGACGUUAGUCUCCCACUCUCAUAGUAAGUAUUAAGAUUUUCCAGCCACUUUAUGUUCAGAAAAUUGGGCAAGUCAUUGUGUGGGAUUUUUUCCUGAAGGAGGAGCUUCCCAUGGAAAGCAAAAGCAAAAAUGGAAAAAUAAACAAGAAUAAAAAACAAUUCUGCAGAGAACAAAAAUAUAUUUUAACAUUUACAAAGGUAUAUAUUUCUUCUUUUGAUUUCUUGAACAUUGAUCUCAUUUCCAGUUCAUCCAGGUACCAAACCUAUUUAUUGUAUUCAGUUUAAAAGAAUAUACCUCAGAGGAUUGGCUGCCAUUAUAGAUGAGAUAUCAUGAAUGUUAAAAUGAUUCACGGCCAAAGUUGGAACAUUUGAAAACAAAGCAAGGAAAUCGGAAACUUGUAAAUCAUAGUAAAAGGUGCAGAUUUCAGUAUACAGAAUUACAGCAGAGGUAAACAAGAGAAUCAUUGUGUAUUAGAGGUAUUUGGAUUUAAAUAUUUUGUUUAAUUAUAUGGCCAUUGAUGAGAACAAAUGUACAGUCUUUUGUAUUGAGUUAGUGGAAUAUCAUUGUAUUUGUUUUUUGGACAAUACUUUUAUUAUAUAAACUUAAUUUCUAUACAUUACCAAAGAAUAUUAAGAGGAAGACUAAUAUUCUUAAGGAUAACGAUGUGAUUACCUGUGAUAUUGUUAGUAUUUU